AUGUCAGCCAUAGAAGCUGAGGUGAACGACCAGGUUAUCACUGGCAGUGAUCUUGUUUCUUCUGUUCCUGUUUUAUCACUCUUUGACUCUGGAGCCUCCCAUUGUUUCUUGUCUCGUCGAUUUGCGAGUGCCCAUUCUCUUCCUAUAACUCUUUUGACUAUAGGCUGGAAUAUCAACACUGGUAGUGGCGUCUUAGUAACAUCUAAUGGUUAUGAAGCAUGCCCUGUGGUCAUCUGCAGGAGAGAACUCUUUGCAUACUUUCUAUUGGGGUCAUUCUUUACCACCAUUGAUUGUCACCGUCAGAGCAUAGUAUUUGAGAUACUGGAUCACCCGAGGUUUGAGUUCCUCAGUGGUAGCACAUCGGCCAGACCUAUAGAGUACAGAGCUAGACCAAAGAAGGUGACAUUAGCUGCAAUGCAAGUGGAAUCCGAGAAGCCAGUUGUAGUUCGAGAAUUUGAAGAUGUGUUUCCCGACGAUAUUUACAGAUUACCACCGGAUCGGGCAAUUGAGUUUUCCAUAGAUUUGAAGCCUGGAGUUGCUCUGAUCUCCAAGACCCCUUAUCAUAUGCCUCCGACAGAGUUGGUCAAGCUUCGGACUUAG